AUGGGCAACAAAAAAAACCCAAUGCAUCCCAGGAGACUCCAGGUCAGGUCUCCAACAAAAAAAAAACGCUACUUUAAAGACAAAGUGAGAGCACUCGCGGAGGCAGACACGGAGUGGCCGCCAUCUUCGCCACGUGUCUCCCCGCCGACGAGCCCGGCAAGCUCCGACUCAACAUACCUGGUUGGGAACACAAUACUGCAGGAGAUAUUACAAAAUCUGAACUCCAAGGAAGACAUGGCCUCAAUGCUCUCUAAACUUGAAAACUCCAUGCAAGAAAGACUGUCAGCUAUAACAUUGGAAGUUCGCCAGAUAGGACUACAAGUGGGAGACCUGGAAGGGGACAGAGAUAAUCUACAACUCAGUCUGCAUAACUUGGAACAGAGACAGGAUGCUCACAAAUCCAAGCUGGUUCAGAUCAUGUGCCACACAGAAGACCUCAACAACCGUGGCAGGAGAAACAACCUGCGGGUCAGAGGCAUACCGGAGGCACAGGGAGAUCAGGAAGAUAUCAGAGACACCCUCCAAAACCUCUUCAAUAAAAUACUACAGAGAGCCACAGAUACACCUAUACUACUAGACAGGGCACAUAGAGCAGUAAGACCCCAAGGACUGCCACAGGACACCCCCAGGGACAUUAUCUGCAGGGUUCAUUACUACACCCUGAAGGAAGUUAUACUACGACUAUCCAGAAACUCCCAGGUCCUAAACCAAUCCCCUACACGAAGGGUGGUUAGAUCGCAAUAG